UUGAGGACUGGAGUUUGACACUCCUGGGAUAAAGGAUUCGUAAUGAGGGCGGGGUUUGUUGCCGAGGUAACACGUAAACAAAGUUAUGGUUAUUUUUUAAAGCUAGGUGGUGAACAGGACAUCGACUGGAUAAAGGAUCCGUAACACUUAUGGCUUUCUUCGGCUUGACCCAGAUGGGUUAUCAAAACCCAAUCGGUGAUAACAUGCUCCGAAAUCCCCGGGGAGUGCCUCCGUCUCAAGAUGACUGUUUUAAAGUCAGAAGAGAAUUUCAGCCAUUGGUUAAAGAACAGGGAACCCUCGUAAACAAAGAAGUGACCAAAGCACUACUUCAACCUCCUUGCUACAGCGUUGAUGAUCAUCAAGGGAGUCAUGAGCGAUUAGCAGAAAUGGUGAAAAAGGCUCAACCACCCAGGCAAAACCAGAAGUACGGAUGGAUGAGACACAUGAGCACUGAACCUUGGACCCAAUGCCAAAGGUUUCCUAAAAUAAACAGCGAGAUGACAAAGUUCGUUGGUACAAUGACCUUGAUACACCGAGACUUCAGCUUGUUCUGAGCUCCCUCAUGGUUUGGCUUCGUGAAGCAGAAGCACGCACACACUCCCUUCCACAUGUCACUGUUGUUUUGAAAGUCAAAAAAAAAAAAAAAAAAGCCUGCAACUUUUUGACUCUUCAAUCUUAUUUUAUUGAAUCAAAUUUAAUUGCUUUGUUGUUCCUGUCGGCUGUUUCUUUUUAUGUAUAAGUGUUUGUAUGUGUGCAUGUAACCUUUGUUUAACCGGGUUUGUCUCAUUGAGAUUAAAAAAUUCUUUUUU